AUGAGUAUGCUCCGCAGAAUAGGGGUCAAGGGCCGGGAAAAAUACCAGCAGGUGAGCCGUGCCUUCGCCGGUGACUCUAAAGGAGUGCUCAGCCCCGGGAGGAAUGACCACGGUGUGGUUAGCGCCGACAGUCCGGGUUUCGCCAUCCAUGCUGACUUCCAACGUUCCUUCCAAUAUGACGAUAAGCUCGUCUAUGGUGUGAGUGUGCAGCGGAGCGCCGGUGCCAGGCUCGGCGGUAUUGAUGCUAAAGGUGCUGGUUACCCCCUGUUCGUGGCCCGCCACGUCCCACUUUCGGUAGCCAGGCCGCUAGGGCACCUCCGGAGCAUGGGAAUGGUCAAUAAUGGGCAUUCUGUCCUCCAGGCGUUGGGUCAGGUUGUCGGCGGGCAGUACCUGCCGGAGAUUUACGCCCCAUUGUACCCCAUAUUCCACUAA